AUGGCUACUUUUGCUACAGAGGCUCAAAGAUUAGUGGCUGUGUCCAUUGGGAAAAUAGCAGCUUCCAGAUCACAGCGUGGUGGAAUAAACUUACAUAAGAACUUAUUAGUGGCCAGUGUGUUACAUAAGGCCCGGACCAGUUUUAUGAUGGAAAAC